AGACAACUUCCGAGCGUCUCCAGAAGGAUCUUAUCGAUUGGUUUGGAAUUCCGUCUCCCGAGUCAAAACAGACACUUUUACACUUUAUUUACGCUUAUUUCUGCCGCCAAUGCGUCCCGGAUAUCCAAUUUAUUAAGACGAUCGUUCCGUUGAUUGUUAAGGCUUCCUCCGAAAGUGACGUCACAGUGCGCGACAAGGCGUGCCAGGCGCAGGCUUCAUCAAACGCCUGAUAGGCGACACAAUCACCGCCUUCCUCGGCCCAAUCUCCACAGAAACGGCGAAAAUCAAAAAAAUCAAUCAAUAUCAGCAAGAAGCCGCUGAGGAAUUCAAAAAAUUCCAGGAAACUCAGCCGAAAGCCGGCGGCGGCGGUGAAGCUGAAAAUUUGGAUGAAAAUGUGCCUGAAAAUCAAGAAAAUUCGCCGGAAAAAGCUGAAAAACCACAAGUUUUAGACGCGUGGGAGCUCCUGGAGCCGGAAGAUUGCUCCAAAAAAUUCGAUAAAUCCGUCGAAACUCAACUAAUCGAUAAAAAUUGGAAAGAACGGCUCGCCGGCGCUGAAAAUGUGAAAAAAUCGAUGGAAAACGUGGGGAGAAUCGAAAUUUCCGAACGAUUAACGGAAAUUUCGAAGAUUUUGAUGAAAAUUGUCGAAAAAGAUGUUAAUGUUAAUGUCGGCGCGAUUUCCGCGCAAAUUUUGGCGGAAAUUGCGAAAAAAUCGAGAUUUUCGUUUUCGGCACUUGCUCUGCGAGCAUUUCCCGUGGUUUUUGACAAGUUGAAGGAUAAAAAUGCGAUUUUGAGAGAUGCGCUGGUGGAGUUUUGUGAUGAAGCAGCGAAUACGACGCCCCUGUCCGCCUACUCAGAAGCUGGAUUGAGCAACAAAAAUCCACAAGCUCGACAGCAAACUGCUCUAUUUUUGAGCCGAUUUUUCGCGAAAAACGACCCGAAAAUAGUGGAGACGGAGGAGGUGAAGCAGCUCGCCGAGCACAUUUUGAAGACAUCCAACGACGCUGACAAAGAAGUGCGCAAGGCGGCCCUCCGAAUUGUUGCCGCCGUGCAAAAAUGCCUUGGAGAAGGUGUGGCGAAGCGUCUGUUGGCUGAAGUUUAUCAUGAUAAGCUUAAAACGGAAAAGCUUCCCCCGCUUAUCGAAGAGCUCGAGAAGGAAUUCGAGAGCUCGGCGAGCCCUGAGAUGCUCCGACUCGCCAAACACUACAAAAUCGGCUCCUCCAGCACCUCUGCUCCACCGAAAACCGCCGCCGGAGCCCCAAAGCGUUUGUCUUCUGCGGUUGCUCCACGACGAGCUCCGCCAGCUUCAGCUGCUCCAACUCGUCGAGCCCCAUCUCCAAAAGCUCCGGUGGUGGCUCCGACUCGAAGAGCUCCGUCGCCAAAAGCUCCAGUGGCUCCGGUGGCUCCUGUGAAGCCUAAACCGUUCGUGGCGAGACCUGCGCCGAAUUUUGGGAAGCCCAGAGCUGCGGUUGCACCCGCUAGAGCUCCGCAAAUCACGCAGAGAGCGCCAGCAGCCACCCGUCCAGCCACGUCAGCAAUCCGAGUGAUCCCGAUAGCUCCAAAUGUGGUCAGAAAUGGUGCUCCAGCGGCUCCGCGGAAACCAAUUGAAAUAGCUCGACCACAGACUUCAAGUGGAAUUGCUGCUCCGGGAGCUCCCAGAUCGAGAAUCGGUACGAAAUUUGGCUGGAAAUGGACUGAAAAUGGCCUGAAAAAGCCUGAAAUUUUCAUGAAAAAAGCCUGA